GUAGAACUAACUUUUUGAUUUUUCCCGUUCAGAUGGUACCUCAAGUAUUAUUACUAUCUGAUCAACUAGAUAAAUUAGAAAAACAUUACUCAAUUGCCAACGAUGUUAGGUAUGCGUUUUUAUUACUUGUAUUCCUUGUUUUUUUCUUCAUGAGAAGCUAAGAUCGCCAAAUAUUCUAUGAAGAAGUUAUAAUUAAGAAAAAAAAACAAUGUUUUGUUCUAGCUGACAAAUCGGCAGCAAAAAUUCAAGAUGCAUAUCCUAUCAAGCUCGACUUCAAUUAUAUAAACGAGCAGCAUGGGAAAUACAUGAAAAACUUGAAUACUCUAGUGAAUAAACUGCAGCCAGAGUAAAGAAAAUAUCAUUUUGUCUUUUGUAAUUACACUAAGAUUUUGAAAUUUAUUUACACAUAUUAGCUUAAAGAUAUGUUUGAAAAAUUACUCAAAGCAUCCGAUUCACUUUCACCAUCUGUUGCAAAACUACUUCGGAAAGUUCAAAUACCUGUAGGUAAUGUAUUAUGCAGAAAUAAAAUAGAUAAUAGAUAUAUUCUACUUAAUUUUUAUAUAGAAGAAAAAGAACUUUUAAGAUGAACAAAUCCUGAUGGUAUUCCUGUUGAAGCAAGUUAUCAUGGGCCACGUAACUGACUAUUUCUUUUUCUUUUGUAAAUUAAAUGAAUUUAUAAUUCAUUUUGUUUUCUAGGUAUCGAAGGCCCAAUUACAAGAAAGGCAUUUGUAAAUUUGAUUGAAGCUUUUCAAUACGGACAAGUAAGAGAAAGUAUGCAACACAAGAUGUAGAGGAUUAAGAUAUAAAACACAAUAAAAUAGUUUUAAGAUUAUUUGUUGAUAACGAGUGGCCCAGAUUAAAUGGACCUCUCUGUAUUUUGACUAUAGCUUUUUUUCUUUUUGGUCUUUAGAGCUAAUUGUUUUUCCAAAAGAUGCGGCGUCAAAUUCUCUGUAAAAUCAUAAUCAAACUUAUUUAUGUAGAAAGUUAAGGAAAAACGUUAAACGAAGAUUAUCCGACACAUUAAAAGUACCCAACUUUCAAAGCUGACGGAUGUCUCAUAAGUGUCCGAUGUUUGUAUCUCUUUUUUCUAUCGCCAAGCACAUUAUUUUAAAAGUAAAGUAUACCAUACGAUGCAACGUGAAAAGCUCUACAAGUUAUAUUAAAAACCUUAUUUUAUGCAAGCACUCUUUGUUUUCAAAAUGGACAAAAUUCUAUGUGACCAAUUUUCGACGCUGCGAACAAGAUCAGUUUUGGUCGCACAGAGCUUUGCUUAUUAUAAAAACAAAAGAUGCAUAUAUAUAAAAUAAACUGUUCUUUAUAGAUUGUAGAGUUUUUCACGCUGCAUCUUGUAGUAUGUUUUCUUUUCUUUUAAUACAACAUAUUAGGCGAUAAAGAGAUGAAAUAAGAAAAAAUGAAUUCGUAGUGUACCAAAAACUGAUCUUGUUCGCAGCGUCAAAAAUUGGUCGCACAGAAUUUCGUCCAUUUUGAAAACAAAGAGUACAUGUAUAAGAUAAGGUUUUCAAUGUAACUUAUAGAACUUUUCACGCUGCGUCUCAUGGUAUACUUUGCUUUUCAAAUAGACGUACUUAACGAUAAAAAAAAAGAGAUACAAACACCGGUUAACUUUGAAAGUUGGGUACUUUUAAUGUGUCGGAUAAUCUUUGUUUAACGUUUUUCCUUAACUUUCUACACAAAUAAGUUUGAUUAUGAUUUUACAGAGAAUUUGACGGUGCAUCUUUUGGAAAAACAAUUAGCUCUAAAGACCAAAAAGAAAAAAAGCUAUAGUCAAAAUACUGAGAGGUCCAUUUAAUCUGGGCCACCCGUUAUAUGAUUUAGAAGACUAUGAGUAAGAUCAAAACUGUUCAUAUGAGUAGAUUUAACUAUUUCGAUACCAUACAACGAUUAGUUAAAAAUACUAAACUCAAUAUAAACAUAAUUACUACUGUAAAACUAAGAUACUUUUGAGAUCAUAUUUUCGGCAUAUAAAGAAGACUUCUAGAUUAGACGAAUCAUACUCUAAAAGUAGAAACCACUUAUGACUUGAUUCUUAUAAAAUCAUCAUUAAGAUUGUCUGAGAAAUGUGUAGGGGCGUGACGAGUUCUUGUCAUAAGAGACAGUUAACAAAAAAGGGAACUUUUUGAACAUCGAAUAUUUCAGGAGGUAAUUUAUCUCUUAUAUUGAAACUAAGGAUAUUUUUAAAACCAUGUAGUCUACUUAUAAACAAAAUUUCGGGUUAAAAAUCUUUUGUUUAACUUUUCUGUCUAUCAGUCAUCCUGCGGUAAAAAUUCAACGAAACUCUCCUGAGUCUAUAGACAAGGUUGAUGGAUUUGAUUACUUUUUUUGAUUGUUCUAGUCUAGAAGUCUUCUUAAUAUACAUGUAAUAUGAUUGCAACUUCAAGAAUCACUUUAGUGAAAUGAAAGAAACUAAAUACGCUUUAUCUACAAAAUUCAAAAUUAUAAAAUUUCUAAUUUUUUUUCUUCAAAUGGCUCUUUUGAUAGAACAAAUUUAAAGUUUCCUACUUGUGAGACCUUUCUCCUGACACAAAUAAUUUUGAUAUAAAAAGGCAAAUGCUUUUCCGUAAACGGAGAACAUAUGUUUUAGUGACUCGAAUUAAUGUAGUGAGUAAGAAGAAUCUUUUAAUUAAAUUUUAAAUAAUAUUUUUAUUUCCAUUUAUAUCAUAAGUAUUUGUAUUUCAAUUACACUAUUACAAGUAUAUUAAAAGACUUGAAGUCAGUGAUCGUUGAUAUAUUAUUUCGUAAUCAGUCAAAAUUUGAUUUUUGAAAGAUGUUUAUAGAGAAAAAACAGGAUGAAUAUGAAUUUCGGAGUAUAGAAGCCACUAGAUUAAAUGUUCGUUUUAAUGUAAGUUGAAUGCAAACAAUUUAUUCAUGAAGAUACAUCCAGAAUUUUACAAUUCAACUUUUUCUAUCACAAUACAAAUACAAUAAUACAAACAUCAUUUAAUAAUGAUUAGCAAAUAUUUGUACUAAAUCACUACCCGAAAUAAAAGACUUCCCAUAUUAGAAGUUUCAGGGGUUCUGUAGUUCUGUAGUGUCUACACAAUGUUAAUUUUUUUAGUAAAGCUCCGCAGAUACUAUUAAAUAAGUCUUGAUCAGACGCUGUCUACGUAUAAAAAAAUACUUCUGAGGCUAUGAUCAUUAUGUACUCUGUAAUGGGCACUUUGCCUAGUUACAGGUAUUUGAACAUUAUCACAUGUUAACAUACUUCGUAUUUUUCUGCUUGUAAUAUCAUGAUAUAGAGUGUGAGUGUUCUCUUCUGUAAUAUCCACACUCAUGUCGUAUUAGAAUCAUCACUCCACAGUAUGCAUCUAGGCAGACUUUUGGUUAAAAACGAAAAUCACGCUUUUUCGGGAUUUAAAUAAAGAGAAGUACACCGAAAUAUAAUCUAUUUUUGUUACUAGGAAAAUUGAUAUCUGACAAAAGUAAAAUAUUCGACAGACAAAUCCAGUGCAUUUUCUCAAUCUCUAAGUCGAACUCUAUAUAAUGAUUAAAACAAGAAUUUCUAGUAUCAUUCGAAGAGCUCUGUUCGUAAAAUGAGCAAUCCAUUCGCAUCCAACCACUGCACAAUGUGUUCGAAAUCAGCCUAGAUUUUUCAAGUAUUUUCAAGUUUUUCUGACUUUGGAAAAAAUGUUUGAUCAGCAAAAAUAAUAUAUUCAGAAUUAGCACAUUAAACUGCGUCGAAUGAUGCAUGUAUAACACAAAACAAUUUUGAAGCAGAAAAAAUUCUGAGCAAAGAAACACACUUCCUAGCAAGAAGGUCGUAUAUGUGUCUGUCAUGUGAGUUUUGAAUCCUUGGGAAAUUUAGAAGCUUCAAGGGCUUCUAUUGUGACGAGGGAUUUAACCGAUAUCGAAUUAGUAUUUUCGCUUCCUUCUCGUUAGAUGUACAGCUUAUGACAAAAGAAUACAACUGAUUCUGUAAUUAAUAUAAUUCCUAAAAAAAACUGGAGAUCACGUUUGAAUAAAUCAAAGCAUAUUGAAUAAACUUUUACAUUAUUGUUAUCUAUGAUCCUUUUUAUCUAUUCAUAGGUUUUACAUGAAAAAUAUGUCUGUCAAAUUUUUUAUCAAGCACGUGCUAUACUUAAGAGUUUACCAAAUUUUAAUCAUAUUGAUUUAUCUAAUUUACAUCAUAUAUACAUUAUUGGUGAUCUUCAUGGACAAUUAACUGAUUUAUUACAUAUAUUUAAUGCGAAUGGACUACCUGCAAUUGAUAAUCCAUAUAUAUUCAAUGGAGAUUUUGUUGAUCGAGGUCCAAAUUCAGUUGAAGUUUUUCUUUUACUAAUGGUUGUAUUGAUUCUUUAUCCAAGUUCAGUCUUUCUUAAUGGCGAUGUCUCAAUUGAAGUACCACCCAAAUCUCAAAGUGGUGGCAAACAAUUGACGGCUGCUGAAGGUGAUGAAUAUCAUCAAAUGCAAGGUAGUAAUGAUAUAAAUAAAUAA